AUGGGACGCUGCCCAUGUGUGUCUACAACGUGCCAUCAGGCGGCAGAAGAUGCCGACCACCAUCGCAGUGAGGCCCCGGUGAGACCGGGGACCUGGUCUGCCUCUUCGCCUGCCCCGCCGGAAGUCUGCGUGGUGGCUGGUCCGCUCCAGCAGUCUGAGGUGCGGGGGGUUCCUCCGCCCCCUCUGGACAUCGAGGGGUCCCCGCUGUAUACGGUGAGAGCCAUCAUGGACUCAAGGCAUCGGGCGAGAGGCCUCCAGUACCUCGUGGAGUGUGGGCCACUGAGGUUGUCAUUCUGUGUGGUCACAGAGGAAGGCUGUGCGUCAUUGGCUUCAGCUCUGAGAACAAACCCCUCCCAUCUGAAAGAGCUGGACCUGAGCUACAAUCACCCAGGCGAUUUCGGAGUGCAACUGCUCACUGCUGUACGAGGGGAUCCAAACUGCAGACUGAAGAAACUCAGCGUGGACCAUAAUGAAGAGUGUUAUUUGAAAUCAGCACUCAAGAAAUAUGCCUGUGAGUUGACCCUGGACCCCAACACAGCACACAAUGACAUGACUCUAUCUGAGAAGAACAGGAAAGUGACACGGCUUGAAGAUGAGCAGUCGUAUCCUUAUCACCCAGAGAGGUUUCUGUUCUGGAAACAAGUACUGUCCAAAGAGCAUCUGACUGGGCGCUGUUACUGGGAGGUGGAGUGGAGAGGCCUAGAGGCUCACAUAGGAGUGGCUUACCAUGGACUUGACAGGCAAGGACGGGGUGAUGAGUGUGGGCUUGGAUACAAUGACAAUUCCUGGGCUCUCAGUUGUUAUAAAAACUACUUCACUACCAGGCAUGAUAAGACUCCCACUACCAUUCCUAUCCCUCCUUCCAGCACCAACAGAGUAGGAGUGUAUCUGGACUGGUCAGCCGGCACUCUGUCCUUCUAUAGUGUCUCCUCUGACACACUGACUCACCUGCACACAUUCCACACCACAUUCAUUGAGCCACUCUACCUAGGAAUUCGGCUUUGGUGUCAUGAUUCUGCAGUGUCCCUGUGCCAGAUAGAAUAGCCUGUUCCUACAGUCCUCCUACAGUCUUCUCCCUGCCCAUCUUUAGAGUCCCUGCCCAGUGAGUCCCCAGCACACAUCCCCCUUGAAAAUAAAAAACAAACAUCUAGCUUGCCUAACACUCACACUUGUCUUUUCUUACCAGCACUGACUUUGCUGAUAGCUGUUUUUAAACGUUUUACUUACUAUGACUGUGAUAUGUGGUUGUCUUAGCUACCUUAAGUACAAACUGUAAGUCGCUCUGGAUAAGAGCGUCUGCUAAAU